GCUUUGCUCAGAGUUGAGAGGAGCUGCAGCAGGGGAGCAGUUUUGUUAACUGUAGAGUCAAGCUUUUUCUCUUCAAUCAUGGAUCUUCGAGGGAUUCCAGUAACAUUUUGUCUGCUUCUGCUGAUGCACUGCUCACUGCAGCAAACCUCCUCCAAGAAGAGAAAUGGCAAGAAGGAUUCUGCUGCAAUUGAGAAGUUGCAGAAGCAGAUUGACGACAUCGUUCAGGAGCUCAACAUGUUGAAGGAACACCAAGCCUUACAGACAGUUUGUCUGAAAGGCACCAAAAUUCUCGGAAAGUGUUUCCUGGCCGAUCCAGUGAAGAAGACCUUCCACACCGCCAGCGAAGACUGCAUCGCCAAGGGAGGCACCCUGAGUACUCCUCUAACGGGAGAUGAGAACGACCAACUGUACAGCUACGUUCGCCAGAGCAUUGGCUUGGAGGAGCAAAUCUGGUUGGGCAUCAAUGACAUGGUGACCGACGGACAUUGGUUGGACCAAACAGGGUCCAGUGUGCGCUUCAAAAACUGGGAGACUGAGAUCACCCAGCAGCCUGAUGGAGGUCGCACUCAAAACUGCGCCAUCUUGUCCAUCACAGCAAACGGAAAGUGGUUUGAUGAGAGCUGCAAAGCUGAAAAGGCCUCAGUGUGUGAGUUUAAAAUUGUCUGAGAGCUUUGCUGUCACUGGUUUGUGUAAACCCUGAUAUCACUCUAUGCAGAUGAUAUUAGCAUUUAAACAGAAAAUCGAUUAGGUUCCAUCGUUCCAAGAAAGUAAAUGUCGCAGUAUAAGCUACUCAUUUGAGCGUUUAUGUAAGUUAUACAAUUACUUAUGUAUAUUCUUAAAUACUUUAGAUAUCAUUAAACAUAAUAUCUGUAUUCCCUGUCUUUGUAUUGCCUGCUUAAUGUAAU